AUGUCGGAAAAGAAAUUCCCGUCUUCGUUUCUCCCUCGUGGCGAUGCUGCGAAGAGACCUUCUCCUUUAGGAACUGCUGUCUUCGUUGGUCUGCGUACAGUAGAUAUAUUCAUUCAAUAUGGCAUUCUCGCCAAUCACCUCGCGAGCCCUCUUCUAGACCUCAUCGGCGUCGAGCACAUUUCCUCCUUCGAAAGCCCCGGCCCAGCAGCUGUUGCUUUCGGUCUUCCACUCAAACCUCUAAUAAUCCUAGGCAUGGCAGUCGGAACGGCGAUAAAACAAAAUUAUUGGGUUUUGAGUCUUUCCAACGAAGAGAUGCCGGUUGGGAAUGCAAUCAGUAUCAGUCUCUUCAACACGAUUUUCAACUCUGUAAACACGAUUCUAUCUUUGACCGCUGCGUCCCAUUACCUAACUGGCUCUUCGUUCUGGGAAAAUCCAAUCGAGGUCACGCCUCUCUUCCUGUUCUUCACAGCAACCUACACCGCUGGAACACUUGUUGAAGUCGGCGCUGAGAUUCAGAGAAAAUACUUCAAGCAAGACCCAAAGAAUAAAGGAAAGCCAUUUACUGGCGGACUAUUUGGGUUGGCCAGACACAUUAACUAUGGAGCUUACACUGUUAUGCGAGCCAGUUAUGCUUUUGCCUGUGGUGGAUGGGUCCCUGGAAUUUUGGUCGCUGGCUUUUUCGGGUACGAUUUCGCCAGAAGGGGCAUUCCGGUUCUUGAUGAUUAUUGCAGUAAACGAUACGGAGAUGACUGGAAGAAGUAUAAGCAAGAGGUGAAAUGGCAAUUACUUCCUGGUAUCUACUGA